AGGACCCUGGGUGCGGAGUGGGCACCUUAUCAGUGGUGCCAGGCGGGGCCAUCCCCAGGGUGGGGGCAGCAUCUCCCCGGGCCCUGUUAUCAGCCCCAGAGUCCACAGGACGCUCCUCGGGUUAACGUGUAACCACACGCUGUCCCCUCCACACCCAGAGCCACCCGUGCUCACAUAGGAGCCAUUCUGGGGGGUCAGUGGCCAACAUGGGCGCCCAGGAGGAGGGUCUGCCCGGAAAGCCUUGCCUCUUAGCCCAACAGCCGUGCCUGUGCCUGCGGCUGAGCCCCUUCUUUGUCACCUGUGCUGCCUACUUCCUCCUCUGGAUCCCUCAAGACCAGCCGUCUUGGGUUGGCGCCCUCGUCAAGUGCCUGCCGGUGCUGUGCCUGGCCGCGUCCCUGCAGGGUGCACCCCGGGGCACCGGCUACCGCGUGCUCCUGCAGGGGGCCCUUCUGUGCUCGGCUGUGGGCGAUGCCUGCCUCAUCUGGCCUGACGCCUUCCUCUCUGGCGUGGCUGCCUUCACCGUGGCCCACCUGCUCUACCUCUGGGCCUUCGGCCUCACUCCGCUGCGGCCCGGCCUCCUGCUGUCCAUCGCCCCGGUCUCCGUGUCGUACUACGGCCUCCUGCUGCUCCACCUCCCGGCCAGCAUGGUCCCGGCGCUGGCGGCCUACUCCCUGGUCCUGGCCUCCAUGCUGUGGCGCGGCCUGGCCAGCGGCGGGAGCGUCCGCUGGGGGGCCCUGCUCUUCACGCUCUCGGACAUGGUGCUGGCGUGGGACACCUUCGUCCGGCCGCUGCCGCUUGCCCGCCUCGUGGUCAUGAUCACCUACUACGCUGCCCAGCUCCUCAUCACCCUGUCGGCCUUCCGGAGCCCCCGGCUCAAGACCCUCUGACCAGGGGCCCGGAUGGACCGGCGGCGCCCCGCGGCCUCUGGCAAGGCCCCCACAGACCCCGGGCUCCUGGACUCCUGCCUGCAGGUGCCUGUGCGGCUCGGGCCCUAUGAGAACCAUCUGUGGAAACCCACAUCCUCCGCCGAUUCCCCGUGGCCGCCUUCCCUCUGCUCUGACCGCAGCCUCCCACCCGCCUCCCCUGGGCACCCACCCCCUUCCCUGCGGCCCUGAUUUAGUUCGUGCCCAAGUGAAGCGGACACU